AUGUCCGGUGUAUUGCAGGAAAGUUUUAUACAAUCAGUACCAUCGAACAGAUAUUAUAGAACAAAUUUUGAGUCAAAUGUCGAUUACUGCUCAUGGUUUGAUGAGAAGAGAGAAUUUUCAGAAACAAGAUCUAAAUUAAAUAGUUAUGAAAAAAUUAGAAAUGUUGCAGAUAAGCUUAUGAAUGCUUUAUGUCAUGUAGCUUUUACUUUAGAAGGCAAGAAAUGUAAUGAACAAUGUCAUAAUUUGUACUAUUGGUUAGGAAAUAAAUUAUUAUUAAAUAAAUUAGGGGAAAAUUCAUUUUCUGUAGUUAUUGGAAUACUACAGGAUGUUUCAAAUAUUAUUCGUGAACCUGGUAAAUGCAAAUGUGAUUUUUUUAAAAAUAUUAAUACGAAAGAUUUUGAAAAAAUGAAGAUUGUGCAUGAUUAUUGUAAAGAUCACGAGGAGAUUAAAAAUACUUUGGAACUAAAUAAGAAAGCAUGUGAUAGUAAAUUUAAUGAAUAUCUUGUUAAAGCUACUGGUGAAUAUGAAAAAAUUUAUGAAUGUACACAAGGAAAUGCUGAAUCAUAUUGUAAAGAACUUAAAAAGCAUGUUCCUAGUUGUUUUGAAAAAAAGUUAUCUCAUUUGAACUGUGAAAUAAAGCAAGUGCCCGCAGAAAACCUAGGUACAAGUCAUUAUAACACUACUAUUCUUGACCCAGAAUAUGUAAUUAAUGUAUCUGCCUUUAGUUCAUCUCAAAUUUUUCUGUUCUUUGUUCUACCCUUUAUUGGCAUUUUCUUCAUUGGCUUCGUACUAUAUAAAUUUACUCCAAUUGUAUUAUGGAUACAUACUAAAGUAUUAAAGAAAAAAUCAAUUAGACGUAAUUUGGAUGAAAUGGAUAUACUGGAAUUAACAGAAUACACAAAUGAACAAAGAAAAUCAAAUUUAGGUAGAAAACAACUAAAUGUAGCAUUCAUGCCGCAUGAAUAA